CGGGCGCACGUGGGGAGAGCCUCGGGUCCGGGCCCGGGUCCGGGCUCGCAGCGCGUCUGCCCGCCGGGGGACUCGGGAGGCGGGCUAGGCCCGGUGGGACGUCCCCUUCCCCCGCCAUGGCACUGCUGCCCCGCAGCGCGCGGGACUUCGGCUCGGCCCAGUACUGGGAGCGCUUCUUCCAGCAGCGCGGCCCGCGCGCCUUCGAGUGGUACGGCGGCUACCUGGAGCUGUGCGCUGCGCUGCACAAGUAUGUGCGUCCCCGCGACAAGGUUCUUGUAGUGGGUUGUGGCAACUCGGAACUGAGCGAGCAGAUGUAUGACGUGGGCUACCAGGACAUUGUGAACAUAGACAUCAGCGAGGUUGUGAUAAAUCAGAUGAGGGAGCGGAAUGCCCACAGGAGGCCGAAGAUGAGUUACCUGCGGAUGGACAUGCUGCAGAUGGAUUUCCAGGAUGCCCAGUUCCAGGUGGUAUUGGACAAGGGCACCCUAGAUGCUAUCCUGGUUGAUGAAGAGGAGGCCACCCUCCAAAGGGUGGACAGGAUGUUUUCUGAGAUUAGCCGGGUGCUGCAGGUUGGAGGCCGUUACCUAUGUGUCUCCUUGGCCCAGGCCCAUGUAGUGAAGAAGGCGGUGGGCUACUUCUCCCAGGAAGGCUGGAUGGUGCGUGUUCACCAGGUCUCAGGCAGUGCGGACGGAGUGGCCAAGCAGCAGUUUGUUCUGCCCGUUUUUGUCUAUGUCAUGACCAAGUUCAAGAAGAUCCCAGAUUCGGUUCUUCAGAUCCUUGAAAUCUGCACUGAGGAGCAGGACAAGCCUGUGCGGGUGGAGAGCGCUGAGCAGCUGAUCGAGGCAGUAAAGGAGAGGCAGCUGUAUGCUCUGCUGCGCAGCCAGCUGAAUAAAAACCCCAGCGCGAGCCAUGUCUCCCUGGAUCUGUGUGAUGCAGAUGCCGGGAAACCUCGGUACACUCUGCAUGUGGUGGAUAGCCCCUCAGUGAAAGCCUCCCGGAACAAUCACUUCGCCAUCUUCAUCAUACCACAGGGCCGAGAGACCGAGUGGCUCUUCGGGACGGAGGCGGGUCGGAAGCAGCUGGCUGCCAGCGCAGGCUUCAGGCGGCUGAUAACGGUGGCCCUGCACAGAGGUCAGCACUAUGAAGGGAUGGAAGGCAUCCAGGCAGAGCUGUCGGGGAAGGUGAUGGAGCUGGCGCCACCCAGCCUCCCAUCCCAGCAGCAGGUGCCGUUUCUUUCUGUAGGGGGGGACAUCGGGAUCCGUACCAUUCAGCACCAGGAUACCAGCGCCAUGAGUGGGGAAUACCUCAUUGAGGACGUAAAAGGGGACAACAUGUGCUAUUUCCGGCGGCUCAUAUUCCUCAACAACAGGAACGUGGUGCAGUCAGAAGCCAGGCUGCUGUCCAGUGCAUCCCCUAGAGGCCAGAAGCAGCGGAAGAAGGACAAGAAGAAACAGAGGUCUGGUUCCACCGAGGCCCCCGCAACAUCAGCUUGCCAGGCCAUUGACAGGAGCUACCUCUGCUGUGAACACCAUAAGGCCAUGGUUGCAGGACUGGCUCUGCUGAGAAAGCCUGAGUUCCUACCAGGAGCCCAGCUCUCGGUGCUGGUGAUUGGGCUGGGCGGGGGCAGCCUGCCUCUCUUCAUCCACGACUAUUUCUGCCAGUCCCACGUUGAGGCUGUUGAAAUCGACCCCUCCAUGCUGGAGGUGGCUACCCGGUGGUUUGGCUUUUCCCAAGGCGACAGGAUGAAGGUUCACAUCUCGGACGGUCUGGACUAUGUGGCUGAGCUGGCAGCAGCAGCGGCACCAGCCCAGUACGAUGUUGUCAUGUUUGAUGUAGACAGCAAGGAUCCCACGCUGGGAAUGAGCUGCCCGCCCCCUGCCUUUGUGGAAACGUCCUUCCUGCAGAAGGUUAGAACCAUCCUGGCACCGGAAGGAGUUUUUGUGGUCAAUCUGGUGUGCCGAGACUCGCUGCUCAAAGACUCGGUUCUGGCUGCCCUCAAGGAGGUAUUCCCUCUGCUGUAUGCCCGGAGGAUCGAGGGAGAGGUCAACGAAAUCCUGUUCUGCCAGCAGUAUCCUGAGGGGAAGCUGGCUGCCCCGGAGCUCCUGGAGACAGCUAGGACUCUGGAGAGGACACUGAGGAGGCCUGGCCAAGCGUGGGAUAGCUCCUACGUUCUGUCGGACAUGCUGAAGGCAGUGGAGAUUGUGUGAGAGGAACGUUCUGCCUCGUCUGGGUUAUCCACCUGUGCUCUCGGUUUGAAGAGAGGAGCUGAAGGCGGUUGUGCCGUCUGACUGGUAAACACUGCGAGUGAAGAGUGGUGCCCUCCAACACCUCACAUACGCGCUCCUCCUGGCUGCUAGGGCCAGAAUGGUGCAUCUCAAGCAGCCUGUCCAAGGGGAGACAGGAUCCUGGGAGCGAAAGCCUCCCUCUGGGGAAAAAGGGAGGCUGCCAGCCAUAGUGAAAGGACUGAGGUGACCCCUGCACUCCCCAAAAGGGUCUCAAGGCAGCAGCCAAUGGUGUGAGAAGUUCUGUUCCUUCUCCAAGUGGCUGUGAGCCAGCUGCUUAGGGGAGUGAGGCCUGGUCUAGCUCUACUCCUUUGGCUCCUUAUUGCUGUGGAGGCCAGUCCCCUGGGCAUCAGUGCUGGGUGUUUGCUGCAGGAGCCUCCCCCACUUUGCUUUUAAAAUAAAAGUCUUUUUCCUUGGCAGAUGUAGAAUUGGGGAAGCAGGGCCUUGGGUGUGGAGUGGGAGGCCAGCAUGAAGGAUGGGAGCAUGAGGGCCGAAGCCGGUAGGCUGGGAAAAAGUGAGGAAGUCCAUCUUACAACAGGGGGCUGCCUGGGUCUGUCUCUGACCCCAAAUCCCACCUGUCUCCUGUAUCUCUCCGCCUGACUCACCCAUGUGCAGUCUUGUCACUAGCCCUGCCUGCCAUUUGGAGACACUCACCCCAGCUCUCCCUUCAGCUGCCCCACGCUCCGCACAAUUUUCUCUGACCCUAGGUGAAUAGGUGGGAUCUGAGGAAGAGGUAGGCCCAGCACUGAGCUCCUCAGGCCUGCAUGGCUCUCUCUCACUGAAGUCAGAGGGAGUCCCUGCUCUGUAAGGACAUUAGAAUGGGGUCUUGGGUGGAUCUGUUUGUACUGCCAUGGCUGCAACCCCAAAGUGGUGGACAUCUGAUGUGUGUUUUAAAAUGCUCUCAGCCAGCACUGGUAUGUCCUCCUGUGUCUUCCGGGAAGAACAUAAGCUUUUUGACAGUCUGAGGAUCAGUGUCAUACUGCAGCUACCUCUGGGCUAGAACGCAGCUAAGUUGAACAGUCCAUAGCAACCUUAAUGGUGUUUUGUAUGAUGAGACAUGAAGGAGAACUCAGGGUGCUGAACUAGGCUGGCCCUAAUGUAAACAUGUGCCUUGUCACAUCAGCCCACGCUGGCUCUCCCUCCUAGUAACUACUCAGUGGUGGUCAUUUGUCUGAGCACUCAGGGCUUUGUCUUUGCAUCUCUCCUAAAACUUGGCCCUUCUUCCAGCACAGCAGCUGGCUCAGUGCAGCUGCGGCGGGAGUGAUGUCACUGCUGAAUGAGCACCAUGCUUCCUGCUGCACCAGUACUAUGCCUGGGCAUGUCUCCAACCAGGUGUGAAACAGACCCAGCACUGCCGGCCCUGGGAGAUCUGCCCAGGUCAAAGCCUGAGGGGCUGGGGCUGCAGGCAGAUGGGACUCAGAAGGGGAAAUCAUGUGCCUGUAGCCCUGAGAAACAGACACAACAAAAUGAAUUUCCCUUCGUACUAAAGACAAAACUCAAAUACCAGCAAUCGGCCAGGCCCAGGAACCUGCAAGUCCUACCCCAGCAUGCUGCACUGUGAGUCGGCUCUCUGGUCCACCUUAAGGCACCCCUCAGAAGGAGGUGGGUGCCUGAUGAAGGACCUCCAGGCUACAACUGCCACUUAACCCCUGGACCCACAUCAGCCCAGUACCCAGUCAUUCCUCUGCGAUUGCUGCUAGUGCCCUUGGCACUCACUCCCAUGGCCUGCCAGCACCAAUACUGCCUCCCCCUCGGGCUGUUCCUACCCAUCCUAGGCCCAAGCCAGAUGUGAGGUGUGAUCGUUUAAGGACUUGGCACCAGCCCAAAGGCCAUUUUGCAUAGACCUCUCAUAGACUCAGGUGCCAUCCGCCACUUCUGCCCUAGGCCUUUGGAGCUUUCACCUCUGUGGGAAGGGAGGGUACCUAGCCACCAGCCCUGAGACUGACCCCCUCCGGGUUAAUACUGUGGGGGGGGGGGGCGCAGGGGAGGGGGUGCUGGCCUGACCCCUGCAGAAGUAGGGCAAUGGCCUCUCCAGCAGAAGGGCUGGGCUUCAGGGAAGCAGAAGUGAACUCUUUUUGGGGGAACAGCUGAUGGAAGUGGGGGCAGGGGAGGUCAGAAGUGUGCUGGAAGGGAACCAAUGGGGGACUCCACUGCUGCUUGGCAGUGCUCCAAGAGAGUAGAGGCAUCAGUGGGUGUUACCAGCUGGUAACUCUGAUUGGAUCCCCGUAUGCAUAGCUAAGGCUUUGUGCUCACAGAGUGCUUGUGGCCACCUCCCUCCAGGAGCGAGAGUCAGCCAGCGUCAGGAAGAGGUGUCCAGGACUGAGUAAGGUGACUGAAUUAAAAGGUGAGGGGAAGGUGCAGCCAUAACAUGAGCAGCAGGUUCUGGAGGGGGUGUUUGGGAGGUGGGGGCUGCUGGAUGGAGAUGACCAUCUGAGUCUCCCUGUCACCACAGCCCACCCUUUGCCUUGCAGGUUAACAACAGGUGCAGCAGAGUCCCUUUGAAUCAUUCCCCGGCAAUAUCCAUCCCCGGACAUGCUACUUACAGAAAUCUCAUAUCCUCUGCCCCCAAAGGAGCCCUGUAGUCCAGUUUGCGGGUUUUACCUCAAACCUCUGCUCUUGUAUAACACACAGCACUUGGGAGUUAAUAGAAAUGAGAGAGUGCUGGAAACAAAUGGUUACAAUACAAACCAAAACAGGCAAAUCUGGGUUUACACUUAUCAAUAGUUCCCUUUCCUAUCUAAAAAAGUAGGUUCUCCCCUCCACCGCCCUAAAGCACAUUCUCAAUAUCAAUUACUCCUUAACUAUUACCUGUACAGACAUCUCUUGAUUAUGAAUCUUGACAAAGUACAAGCUUUCUGUAGCUACCUGACUUGUUACAGAAUAUUUAUCCAUGAAGUGUAA